AACCUGUGCAACAUUUUUCAUUACUUGAAAAUUUACAAGGAGAGAUUAUUGAUGAAGAAACAUUACCUGAUAAUUUUAUUGAAACUUCUGAUAAUUCCGACAAUGAAAAUAUACAAUCAAACCAUCAAUUAUCCUAUGAAUAUGCUAAUAAAUCUCUUAGUAAAUAUUGA